AUGGAAACUGUUGAGAUAUUUAAAACAGAUAUAAACAUUUUCUCGCGCCUAACAGGAAAUGGGGGAAAGAAGCGGAAGCAGGAACUGAGCGUUGAGCGACAGGGCCAUGGACCAAUAGGCAAUGAGCAGCGACGGCCGGGUACCUCCGCCGGCGUCUUGGAAGCGCCAACCAACGGCCCCAGGGGCGGGGCGGAGGGUGUGGGCCCGAGGGCCCCGGCGCUCCGCGGGCCCGUCUUAGGUUGUCAGAGCGGGCGCCGCCGGAGUGGGGCGAGCUUUGGGUGCGCGGUGUCGGCCGUCUGUGGCCCGCGCAAGGAUGAGAGCGCAGAGGACGCAGGGCCGCUGGAGGCGCAGUCGGCGGCCCCGCUGGUCGCGGCGGCCCCGCUGCCCGAGGCGGACAACCUGACGCUGCGGUACCGGUCCCUGGUCUACCAGCUUAACUUUGACCAGACGCUGAGGAAUGUAGACAAGGCCGGUUCCUGGCCCCCCCGAGAGCUAGUGCUAGUGGUCCAGGUGCAUAACCGGCCUGAUUACCUCAAACUGUUGCUGGACUCACUUCGAAAAGCCCAGGGCAUCGACAACGUCCUCGUCGUCUUUAGCCAUGAUUUCUGGUCGACAGAGAUCAAUCAGCUGAUCGCUGGGGUGGACUUCUGCCCUGUUCUGCAGGUGUUCUUUCCCUUCAGCAUUCAGUUGUACCCCAACGAGUUCCCGGGCAGUGACCCCAGAGAUUGCCCCAGAGAUCUGCAGAAGGAUUCAGCUUUGAAGAUGGGAUGCAUUAAUGCUGAGUACCCCGAUUCCUUUGGCCAUUAUAGAGAGGCCAAGUUCUCCCAAACCAAACACCAUUGGUGGUGGAAGCUGCAUUUUGUGUGGGAAAGGGUCAAAGUUCUUCGAGACUAUGCUGGCUUCAUACUUUUCCUAGAGGAGGAUCACUACUUAGCCCCAGACUUUUACCAUGUUUUCAAAAAAAUGAGGAAAUUAAAGCAGCAAGAGUGUCCCGAGUGUGAUGUUCUCUCCCUGGGAACCUAUACUGCCCCUCGAAGUUUCUCUGGCAUUGCUGACAAGGUAGAUGUGAAAACUUGGAAAUCCACAGAGCACAAUAUGGGUCUAGCCUUGACCCGGGAUGCUUAUCAGAAGCUGAUCGACUGCACAGACACUUUCUGUACUUACGAUGAUUAUAACUGGGACUGGACUCUUCAGUAUUUGACUGUAUCUUGUCUUCCAAAAUUCUGGAAAGUGCUGGUUCCUCAGGUACCUAGGAUUUUUCAUGCUGGAGACUGUGGUAUGCACCACAAGAAAACCUGUAGACCAUCCACCCAGAGUGCCCAAAUUGAGUCACUCUUAAAUAGUAACAAACAGUACAUGUUUCCAGAAACUCUAACUAUCAGUGAAAAGAUUAUGGCACCCAUUUCCCCACCUAGGAAAAAUGGAGGGUGGGGAGAUAUUAGAGACCAUGAACUCUGUAAAAGUUAUAGAAGACUGCAAUGAAAAAUCAGUUACAAAAAGUGACAGUCUUCUAUUUUUGAUAUUUGUACCAACAGGACAGACAAUUGAAUAAGAGUUUAGGGAUUGGUUUCUGCUUUAAUAUGAAAAAAAAUUCUUGUAAAAGGUGUACAAUUAUAGUACUCUUUUCCUUUUAUGUCUGAUUAAGAUUUAAAAUACAAGUUUUCAUUUUGGGAGUUGGGUUUUAAAGCUCAAUCUGUAUCUGGGAAAGGUAAUCAUUACUGUGAGAGAAGAGAGGAAAUUUUAUUUAAAUUGCAUCUAUUAAUCUUUUUACCUGGAACUUUGUACACUUUUCCACUUUAAAACUUAAGUACAGCAAAAUUUACUUAAAAUUGUCAUAGGAGUAGGAAGUAUUACAAUGAAAUAAGUAUUAAUGGAACAAGCCCAGUUUCACUCUCCACACAGUUACUAGGAAGAGAUUGCUUCGCUGGUUUUAUAAUUCAAAAGUUAUGUUUGUUAAACACCCUGUCAAAACAAUCAAUUUCAGUAUUACAGAUUCCCGUAUUAUUGUGUUAAGAUUUGCCUGUGCUUUGGAACCUUCAUAGAGCACAUUUUCUUUUGGAAUGUAUUUGAUUGAUAAAAAAUUUUAACACUGUUUCACCUCAAUGUAGAAAAACAGUGGUUUUGUUUCUUCCUUUUCUUUUAGUCUGCCAAAAUAAAAUACUCAUUUUUUGCAUAAAAA